CUUGUCUUCACAUCUGUCAGACUGUCAUUCCCAUCAUCACAACUCAGAAUGCGCAGUUCUUUCUCCAUCAAGGCGGUGGGCUUUGCCCUUCUCUCGCUCGCCAAUGCUCAGGACGUGUCUGAGAACCUGGCUGGUGCUAUUGCCGACUACGAUUCUCUCUCUCUUUUCCGUUCUCUGCUCGGCGCAGCUCCUCAGGUGUUGGUUGAGACACUUUCUAGCCAGGGCAGCAAUGUCACCAUUUUGAUUCCUACCAACAAUGCUAUCAAGAGCUAUCUUAAAGACUCUAGCAUCUCGGAUGUCACCGAAUUGAACCAAACAAUGCUCCAAGUCUUCUUCUCGUAUCAUACCAUGGCAGCUUCGCUCUCAUCCACAGAUUUCGAUGUUUCACGUGGACUGUCAGUGCCCACCUUAUUAAAGAGUGAGGAGUUCAACAACAGAACUGCUGGCCCUCAAAUCCAGAGCCAGUUCGGCAACAAUGCUGAUGGCCAGGUUGUGUUCGCUUCGAGGGUAGGAAAGGGCAAGAGAGCCAAUGGUGAUAUCAGUGGUGCAAUUGUGAAUCUCCGAGCCGGUGAGGAGCAGAACAUCAAGAUGACUGCUGUUGACGGAUCCUGGGGCGAGAAGAAUGCGAGCAGGUUCCAGAUCGUGGAUAAGGUCCUUCUUCCGCCUCUGUCCUGCUCCCAGACGGUUCACGCCGCCGACGACAAGAGACUCACUGCCUUGAACGGCGCUCUCAUAAAGGCGGGCUUGUGGCCCGCUCUCGACGCCUCAAAGAACGUCACAUGUCUUGCACCGUCUACACAAGCGUUCAAGGAUGCGGGAAGUCCCGAUGUGGAGCUGUCGAAAGACGAUCUCAGCGGAGCGCUUCUAGCUCAUACCCUCAACGAAGUUACCUACUCCAACUACCUUCGAGACGGUCAAGUCAUCGGAACUCUGAACAAGACCGAGGUCCGAGUUAGAAUCAUAGAUAACGAUAUCUUCUUCAACAAUGCCAAGGUUAUCGAAGCUAAUGUGCUUACCAAUAACGGUCUCAUUCAUAUCCUCGAUUCCGUUAUUCAAGCAGGAGGAAAGCCCAGUGAGACCAGCACUGGGACGUCAACAGCUGAAACUGCGAGUGCUACGUCAAGCGGGUCACAGACGACUUCCAGCUCUGCGACUGUCUCGCCAGACAACGGAAAUUCUGCUGGUCGCUUGUCCAUCGAUAUUAGGAUUUUGGGUAUCUUGGUUGCGGCUUAUGCAAUCAUGUAAUAAGUAAUAUGUGGAGUAUCUGAUACAUACUAAGUUGUAAUAAACUGUUGGGUUUCUAAGGAAUAUUUCGUCGGGUCUUUCAACCCUUGUUUUAAUAAAUUUAAAGGACCUAUUGACUAUUUACUGAG